UGCAUUGUUAAGAAAAAUUUUCAGGGCACAAAUGUGUCAUUUCCUUUCUUCAUGAACCAGAUGCUGAAAUACUAUGUGAUAAAGAUUUUAGGACUCAAUUGUAAAGAGAGGGAAGUGGAUAAAUCAGUGCUGCUGUCUUUAGGACAAACGAAGUAUGGAACUGUGGAAUAGCUCUGUGGAUCAGCAGGAUGACACUGAUAACCGCUCAGAAUCUGUGAAGUUUGAUGCCCACUCCAUGACAGCCCUGCUCCCUCUGUAUCCUAAAAAUGGCCCUACCCUUCAAGAGAAACUGAAGUCCCUCAAAGCUGCACUGAUUGCCCUUUAUCUUCUUGUGUUUGUAGUGCUCGCACCCAUCGUCGGAAUAAUGGCAGCACAGCUCCUGAAGAGGGAAAUGCAGAAUUGCACAGUUGGCUCAAUGAAUGCAAACGAAAUAUCUCAAAGUCUCACAGGAAAAGGAAAUAACAGUGAAGAUGAGAUGAGAUUUCGAGAAGCUGUUACGGAACAAAUUAACAACAUGGAGAACAGAAUCCAAUAUAUUUCAGAUACAGAAGCCAAUCUCAUAGAUUCAGAGCGUUUCCAAAAUUUUAGUCUGGUGACUGAUCAGAGAUUUAAUGAAGUUCUUCUCCAGCUGAGUACCUUGGUUUCCUCGGUUCAGAGACACGGGAACGUGAUAGAUGAAAUCUCCAAGUCAUUAAUAAGUCUGAAUACCACACUGCUUGAUUUGCAGCUCAAUAUCGAAACACUGAACGGCAAAGUCCAAGACAGUACACUUAAACAGCAAGAGGACAUGAGUAGAUUAGAAGAGCGUGUGUACAAUGCAUCAGCAGAAAUUAUGUCUAUGAAAGAAAAACAAGUGAAUUUGGAAGAGGAAAUAAAAGGAGAAGUGAAAGUACUGAAUAACAUCACUAAUGAUCUCAGACUGAAAGAUUGGGAACACUCUCAGACAUUGAAAAAUAUCACUUUAAUUCAAGGUCCUCCUGGACCCCCCGGUGAAAAAGGAGACAGAGGUCCCACUGGAGAAAGUGGUCCACGAGGCAUUCCAGGUCCAGUAGGUCCUCCAGGUCUUAAAGGUGAUCGGGGAGCAAUUGGCUUUUCUGGACCUCGAGGAUUCCCAGGACCACCAGGGAAGACUGGAAGGACAGGAUAUCCUGGACCAAAAGGCCAGAAGGGGGACAAAGGGAGUGGAAGCAUACUAAGACCGGUACAACUCCCUGAUCGUAUGUGGGCAGGGCCCUUUUAAGAUCAGGUGGGUUGGGCAAGACACCCUCUGCUACCAUCUCAUUAAAAGACCCUUCACCUUCGGACAAGUCAUCAGCACAACCGAAUCCAAGAUCCCUUUGUGGCUCCUCCAAAUGACUCUGGUUCCGGUGUGGUGUGCAACUUCCACAUGGCUUUCUCUGGUCCUUUGUGCUCUUUGGGUCUCUGUUCCCAUGUUCCUACCUCUCCCCACUACAGCACGCCACCAUCACCACUAUCUCGUAGCGCCCUUAGCUGGGAUGCCUCGCAUGUACUGACUGGCGGGCUGCUCAAGCUAGUUCUCCGAGCCAGGCCAGAAGCCCUCUGCCAUUCACUCACUUCAUGUGUUUCUCAACCCAAUUUAACCCAUUGGGUUCUAGGAGACAUGGCUACUGAUUGUAUGUGGGCUUUUGAAAUUCAAAAACAGUACUCUCAGUAAGUGAUAGGGAUACAUAAAAGAAAAAGCAUUUGUUAAUUCACUCAUUCAUUCAUGUAUGUUCAUCGCAUACUUCCUGGAGCUGGACAUAGGAGCUAAUAAGAUGACCGUAGCUUCUCAUCUUACAGAGCUAAGUGUCCCUGAAAGCCCUAGACAUGUAAACGGGCAAUUCUACAAUACAGCAGGACUAUUUGAGGGGAGGAAUAGGGCUCUACAGGUGUUCAGAGGAGAUCGAGAUUAUUAAUUCCUUAAAAUAUCAAAAAGUAAAUUGAUUUUGAUUAGCUUAGUUUACUUUCUUGUCUUCUUCUUCUACAAAUUACAGCUUUUUUUUUUUCGAGUUUAUAGUGAAGUAAAGUGGAGCUUAGACAGUUUAUUGAACACAUUUAGACCAAAAAAAAAAAAACAAAAACACAAACCCAGAACUUGUUUCCUUAAAUGACCUGGCUAUCUCAAGCAAGAAUAUUUUGGUCAUGAAAAAAUAAUGCUGAAAUGUUUUGUUCUGAAAAGCCUCUUGUACGACUACACUUUAAAUAUUAAUUAUAGAUCCUGAAGAUGAAGAAAUAUUUCAGUAGACCUGGAGAUAUUUUGUGUGGGUGAAGAAAGGGAUAAAAAUGAGAAAGGGGAAAAGGUAAGAAAAGACAGCCCCCCCCACCCUCCGCCAAAAAAGAACAGGGAAGAUAUAGUGUAGUGUGCUAUGUGUGUAGGUCUCUGCAUAAUUAAUUCACAGAUCACAUUUUCACACCUCUCCUUUCUCUCAAGGUUUACAAACAGUCCCGAGCUUCACAGUCUUGAGUUACUAGUAAAUUCUAAGUCGUGUGUCUGUGUGUCUCUCAGCCCUUCCAUCCCCUCUCCUGGAAAAUGGACAUAGUAACACCUACCUCACAGGGUUGUUGUGAGGAUCACAGAAGGUAUUGUGUGGGCAGAGAUGCUCUGUAAAACCAUUUAUAAAGUGCUUUAAACACAUAAGGUAAUUUUCACAAUGGUCCCUCUGAACUGGAACCGCUCUUCCCUGCUGGCAUCGUGCAGACAUGUAAAAUCUGUAAUCAGAGCAGGAGGGAAAGCAAAAUGAAAAUGCGAGAAGCCAAAUAAAUGUCACGGACAAAAAGAGAGAUGCUAGAGAAUAAGAUAAGAUUUUACCUUAGAUAGAGCAACGCCAGUGUGACCAGAUCGCAAAUCAGUGAGUUUGUCGGAGCCGCGCCGGAGAACGUAAGUUAUAAAUAAAGAAGUGACUCAACAGAGUGCGUGCCAGAGGCCAGAAGCUGUCACCAGAGGUCAGAACAAAAUGUCAGCCUCAUAAAACAGAGGAGUCCAGGCUCUGAAGAAUGAAGCAGGAGCCCAAGACUGUGCUGAGAAAACUCCAACAAAGGUUGAAAUGAAUUAGUUUCAGGGGUACUCUGGGUCUGUAUCUCCAAGACAACAGAGUCUCCAAGAAAAAAAAAUAAAUUAAUUAAAAAAAAAAAAAAGGAA